CCCAAACUUAGCUGCAAGAAAUCCAAACCCCAAAGAACCAAAGACCUUUUUUUUUUUUUCGUUUUCCCUUUCUCUCUCUCUCUCUCUCUCUCUCUCUCUCAUUUCUAUGAUAUAAACACUCGUCCUUCUCCUUCCCCCUUUUGCCCAAAAAAAAGGCUCUUCCCCCAUUUCCAACAAUCUCAAUCGCUCUAAAUCCCCCAUUCCUUAACUCCUUCCUUUAUUAUUUAUAAUUCCACUUUGUUUUCACCUUGCACCAACGCCAUUGCUCAAGAACGGCAGGUUUCUCUUUUGUACUUCCUUUUCCUUUUCUCUCUUUUUAUCCCUCUCAUUCUUCUUGCGUUUCUCGCUGUUUCUUCCUUGUGUUGUACGUAUUCUCCUGACCCCAUUUCAUUUCUUCUGUUGCUGUGGUCAGUUUUUCCCUCAUUUUUAUUUUUUUUUCUCUUCUGGGUAUUGCUAUUUCGUCUUCCCCUGAGAUUUUCCCUUGGGUCUUGGUCCGAAUUUGAACAGCUUGGGGUUGUUAUUUGGUGCCUUGAUCUUAUCAAAAUAUUGGGAAAUCGCCAAGACCCUGCCGGCUAGAAAUGGUUAAUAGAAACUGGAGUUGAAAUCAACCCAUGAUAAGAUCUUGUGAUGGGGUCCUUGAACUUGGAGAGGAAAUGGCUGUUUCCUCUUGUGAUAAGCUCUCUCAUAUGCAUAUUCCUUCUCGUCACCUUCUUCAACAUGGGUCUCGUCUCUUCACUUUACACAAUCAACUCGCUUUUUGCAAUCUUUCCCGGUCGAAUGACUAUGGACAACACAAGUGCUGUUUUUGCUGAAUCGAAGAUUGCACAACCUUCAUCUCCUGCGGGACCAACAAUCCCUCGCUUUGCUUAUUUGAUUUCUGGGUCGAAAGGUGAUUUGGAAAAGCUAUGGAGAAUCCUUAAAGCGUUGUAUCACCCUUUGAAUCAUUAUGUUGUCCACUUGGACCUCGAGUCACCAGCAGAGGAGCGAUUGGAAUUGGCUUCGCGAGUGGGAAACGAGUCACUUUUUGCCGAAGUUAAGAAUGUUUUCAUGAUCAGCAAGGCCAAUAUGGUUACCUACAGGGGACCUACCAUGGUUGCUAAUACUCUUCAUGCCUGUGCCAUUCUUCUUAAGAGGAGUAAGGAAUGGGAUUGGUUUAUCAACCUCAGUGCUUCUGAUUAUCCUCUUGUGACUCAAGAUGAUCUUCUUUUUACGUUCACAAAUUUAGAUCGAAACCUCAAUUUUAUUGAGCACACAAGCCAGUUGGGGUGGAAAGAGGACAAGCGAGCGAUGCCAUUGAUUGUAGAUCCUGGUCUAUAUUUGAUGACCAAAUCAGAUAUUUUCAACGUCAAUCCUUCACGAGCUUUGCCAACAGCAUUUAAAUUGUUUACUGGUUCAGCGUGGAUGGUUCUGUCUCGUGAGUUUGUGGAAUAUUUCAUUUGGGGUUGGGAUAAUCUUCCUAGGACCCUUCUCAUGUACUACAGUAAUUUCGUCUCCUCUCCCGAAGGUUAUUUUCACACUGUUAUAUGCAACGUGCCCGAGUUUGCUACUACAGCUGUGAACCACGACUUACACUACAUCUCUUGGGACAAUCCCCCCAAACAGCAUCCACAUACGCUUUCUCUUAACGACACAGGCAGAAUGAUCGCGAGCAAUGCUGCCUUUGCUCGUAAGUUCAAACAAGAUGACCCCGUGUUAGAUCUGAUCGACAGGGAUUUGCUUCAUCGGAAAAAAGGGGACUUCACUCCUGGUGGUUGGUGUGCAGGCCACCCCAAGUGUUCCACAGUCGGUAACCUGAUGAAAAUCAAACCAGGCGAAGGAGCUCAACGGCUUCACCGUCUUAUAACUAGACUAAUUUUGGCAGCUAGAUCCGGGGUAAACCAGUGUAAAUGAAUUUUGUACAAGUUUGUUGCAGUAGAACUCAAACGAACAAUUCGAGAAGGCGGAAGCGUAGGAGGAGAAAGCAAAAUCCCGGGUUCAUCCCAUCAACUCAUACAACAGUGCUUUGUUGAAAUGCACAGCAACAUUAUACGAACCAUUGCUACAACAGCAUGAUAAACUAAAGAAGGUUAGUUCCAAUAUUAGCUUAAAUGCAUCUUUCCACAGGUUGGGAUCAUUGGAGCUUUGAUAAAACCACAAGUUAUAGUUGAGAUCUAUUAUUUAUGUAAAACCUUUAUCCCACAAUAUUUCUAUACAUGCUGCUGCAUCUUUUUUUUCUUUCCCUUUUAUAAUAUCCCUUUUAUAGUAUAUGCUUUUGUUUUUCUUUCAUUUCUCAUUUGGAGCUUAUUUAGAUAUGCAUUCCUCCAUGAAGUCCAAGUCUUGUAGCAGUUCAAACGAAUGGAAUAAAUAAAACCUCAAACACUUUAUAUGGUCA